AUGGCUACCCCAGUGCAACGUGCGUUUGCGCACGACGAGCUCGAGCGUGCGCUGAAGGAACAAUCCUUUGGAAUCACCAGCUUCGAAAUUGUGUCGACCACGCCAUUGAAAGCGGCGGCUAGCGUCGUCUUGCUGGAGGGUCCGACUGUACUCGUCUCGCUAUCCAACAGAGGCUUCCAGGUGCAUCCUGACCUGGAUGCGGAGGCUGUCUUCGAGACCAUUGAGCAGCUUCUCCAGUCCGUCAGUCCACAGUAUGAUGCAGCCCGGAGGAGCGCACUCAUCACGAAGCUCGAGUCGAUUCAAGCCACCCCAGAGCCUGCAUGA